UCAAAUGAUUUAACAAGGAAGUUAUACUAAAGCUCAAAUACCAUCUUGAUUAAAUCUCUCAAUUAUGAUCCGAUAUAUUACAGAUUUCAGUACAAGGAAAUGCAAAUUGUGUUGAUCUAACAAAUGUUUAUGCAAAAUAUGUAACUGUAUUUAAAAGUUUACUUAUACAAACAUGGAGUUUAGUGAUAUAAGUAAGGACACACCUAAUACUGAACGCCACAGAAACACUCAUUUAUACGAGAAUACGACUGUUACUGUAGCAACGAUUGAAACAGAUGAAACCAAGUGCACUGACCAAGCCGAAAGAGACGAGGAGAAUUAUGAGCAAUUAAACUUUGACAGCAAAGCAAACAACGAAAAACGUGACAGCAAGGAAAGCACACAAAAUCGGACAAAAUAUAUGAUUUAUGCAAUUUUGGCAAUGCUUGUUUUGCUGUAUAUUGCAGUCUUAGUGUUGAUCGUUAUUGUUGUCCUACCGAAAAGUCAAGUUAAUGGAGGAUGGAGUGCAUGGUCAUCUUGGGCAUCCUGUUCCGUUUCCUGUGACGUUGGCAUCCAGCACCGUAACAGGUCGUGUUCUAACCCAUAUCCUAGUGGCACAGGACAUCAUUGUUUUGGGGAGUCGGAAGAAGAUAGAAUAUGUUUGGCCGGAGCAUGUUCUGAUGGUGGUUGGAGUAGCUGGAGCAGUUGGGGCACUUGCAGUGCGACUUGCGACGGAGGAGUACGAUCACAGAUUCGAACUUGCACGAACCCGAAACCUUCAUUACUAGGGAAAUCGUGCGAUGGGAAUGCGAUACAAGUUAGCGUCUGUAACAUGCAAGCCUGCUCUGAUGGUGCCUGGGGUAGCUUGAGCAGUUGGAGUUCCUGCAGUGCAUUUUGUGGAGGAGGGAUACGGUCACAGACUCGAGCUUGUACAAAUCCGAAACCAUCAAUACUAGGAAAAUAUUGCGACGGUGCUACAACAGAAGUUAGCAUUUGUAACAAGCAAAAAUGUCCUGAAUACAAGGUUGCUUUUACGGCUUAUGGGAUAUCAGGGGAAGUGCGACAGCUGUAUUCUCUAAAGUACUUCAAAACAAUGGCAAUGGGUACAAUAGCUCUACUGGAGUGUUUCACUGCACAAACCCUGGAAUAUAUUACUUUUCAUUUCAACUCUCGAAGGAUCAUGUCGAUAAAGAUACAGCUAGUCUCGUCAUUUGUUACAUUUAUCUGAAUUCAACACCUCAGUUGGGUGCCAUGCAAGAUCCUCACUCUGACUCCACUUUUAAAAAUGAUUACAGUGGAUACUCUAUUAGUUUAUCUGGAACUUUUCAUCUAAAUACGAACGACAGAGUCUAUAUCGGUGGAUGCAGUGGAAUCAGUGCUGUCUUCACAGACAAUAGAGCCUCAUUUACAGGGUUCUUAAUUAUCCCCGACAACUGAUGAGCAGUUAAAAAAGUGAUACCAUCAAAAUACGAAGGCUGACAAAGAAAUCAUCAGUGCAAAUCUAACAGUACACACAGUAACAAUAUUAAUGCUUUCUACUAUACACGCAAACAAUUACAGGAGUAUACAAGACAGUGACACUUUUCUGCCAAUAUGUAACAAAGUAGCAUUUAAUGCAUUGAGUAUACGACAUCAGUUGCGUCGGUCGGUUGCUAUUUUUGGAAAUACUCCUCUACCUUCUCUGUACAUUUUCGAGUUAUCACUCACAUGCAAAUAUAUAGAGAAUAAUAGGUUAGUGCCGUAGAUGAGAAAGUUUAUCUGGCGAGGUGGAGGAGGUUAUCGGGUGAGCCGAAGGCGAACCUGAUAACGUCCGGAGCCGAGCCAGAUAAGCUUUCUCUAUCUUAGGCACGAACCUAUUAUUCUAUUUAUCUUGUCAUUACUUCAUUUUCCAAUAUUUGGCAAGUUAUUUUACCAAAAUUAGUGUGCGAAAACAGUUUUAAUGACGUCAUAUUCGUAAUGACGUCACUUAUAUAAUGACGUAAUCACCGACACAGUAAUGUGGUUACAAUUAAAAAAUCGCAAUAACUUCUUCGUUUUUGAAUAAAAACUCAUUAUUUUAACACUCAUUUUCUUAGUUCGGACAUUUCCAACACAAUGAUGAGGGUUUCGUUGCAAAAUUUCUUAUGUCAACAAUUUCGAUCAUAAGGUCACAUGAUCAACUGACCGUAUAUCACUGGUCACAUGAUCAACUGACAGUAUAUCAAGAAAGAUAUACGGUACCCUGAUAUCGGGUCGAAAAUACUGCAAGUGACAGGAUAAACUAUAAUAGUUUCUAGUCUGUCUUUCCGUUUACCAUGAUAACUUUGAUAGCUAACCACAGCUGGCAAAGCUUUUCAAACUUAAGAUACUGCGUAAUUCUGGAUUUAAGACUGGGAAAACAUAUAAGUAUGCCUGUGUCAACUAUCGUAUGCCAUAUUUUGCUAGAAUUGUCUUGCACCGAUACUUGUAUUUAGUUAGGCCUUUGUGCCACUUAUAUAAAUAGGGAACUUUUAACAACUUCGUGGCAUCUGCGGAUGUCUCUAAAUUGCUUUUUGUACUUUUAGCAUAUGUAAAUCUUGAGUUCUGCUCAACCCGUGGCUAGAGGGCGUGGACGGUAGCAUGCAUUUCCACUACCGUCCAUGAACAGGCUCAAUCAAACCGAGCCUGCAACAUUUUCGCUUUUUGUCGUGUUGAACGAUCUGUGGAGUUUCCACUUUUUCUAUUUUCUUAAAGCAUUUGCCCAAUAAAAAUACUGAAUUUAGUACGCUGCUCCUUGAAACCGCAUAUCGUCAUUUUAGAUGCACACCGGUUUGACUGUGCUCUUUGGCAUUUUAUGCUAUGCACUUGCGCACCUCCUAUAACAACAAAAUUAUGUCAUAUAAUCAAAUUUUGUUGUUAUUGAGCACAAUCAACAUGACCUCACCUAACAUUUUAAGACAACGUUUAAGUGUUAUUUUGAAAAAAAAAAUACAGUUUGCAGACAAUAGUGCCUUUAAACAAGUUGUUAUGAUUGCCAUUUAAAUGUUUUAUAAAGAUGGCCAUUGUGGCACACAUGUGACCAAAUAACUAUAAUAAUUAUUAAAGGCUUUGUAGUUGGUAAACCAAAUGGAGAAUAUGUAUGAAAGGACAAAUACACAAGAUGACUUGAAUUAAGUAUCUGUUUUCAUUCCAAGUAUUUUUAUUCAACCUCGCAGACUGUUAUGUACAUGCCUUUUGACAGUUUACGCUGCUUAUGCUUAAUCUAUAUGCUACAAGCGCUUAGUACUCUGUAUUCCAACCAUGUGUUAUAUUCAUAAGAGAUGAAUCUUAAAAUAAGUCUUAUUCUUAUUGAUUAUCUUCCUUUUCUCCUUUUAACUUGCGAGAAAUUUGCUUAGAAAAACAACAAAGGUACAAAAAUAAAACUACAAAACAUAUGAGACUAGAAUGUACCUGUAGGACACAGGGUUGUUUGCAUUUGUCACAAAAAAGAGGCAAUAAUUCAAAUGUUUGCAGU